CGGGACGCGGAGAGGCCGGGAGCGGAGAGACCGGGACGCGGCCCGAGCCCCCGCGCCCACCCGGCUCCCACCGCACCGCACCCGCCGGCCAUGGGGCGCGCCGCGGUCGCCUGAGGCCCGGGCUGGCCGGCGGAGCCCGGCGGGGCCCCGAGCGGCGGCGGAGGCGGCGGGCCGCGGCCCCAGGCGCCCCGGAGAUGCCCCGCGUGCGCCGCUUCCUGCUCGGAUACCUGUUCCCGGCCCUCCUGCUGCACGGGCUGGGAGAAGGUUCCGCCCUCCUUCAUCCAGACAGCAGGUCCCAUCCUCGCUCCCUAGAGAAAAGCGCCUGGAGGGCUUUCAAAGAAUCCCAGUGCCAUCACAUGCUCAAGCAUCUUCACAAUGGGGCAAGGAUCACCGUGCAGAUGCCACCAACGAUCGAGGGCCACUGGGUCUCCACAGGCUGUGAAGUGAGAUCAGGGCCAGAGUUCAUCACCAGAUCCUACCGAUUCUACCACAAUAACACCUUCAAGGCUUACCAGUUUUACUAUGGCAGCAACCGGUGCACAAAUCCCACCUAUACCCUUGUCAUCCGCGGCAAGAUCCGCCUCCGCCAAGCGUCCUGGAUCAUUCGCGGGGGCACGGAGGCCGACUACCAGCUGCACGGUGUCCAGAUCAUCGGCCACACAGAGGCGGUGGCUGAGCAGUUAGGUCGGCUGGUGAACCGCACGUGCCCGGGCUUCCUGGCCUCGGGUGGCCCUUGGGUACAGGAUGUGGCCUAUGACCUGUGGCGGGAAGAAAAUGGUCACGAGUGCACCAGGGCCGUGAACUUCGCCAUGCAUGAGCUGCAGCUCAUCCGAGUGGAGAAGCAGUACCCCCACCACGGCCUGGACCACCUUGUGGAGGAGCUGUUCCUGGGCGACAUCCACACAGAUGCCACCCAGAGGAUGUUCUACCGGCCGUCUAGUUACCAGCCGCCUCUCCAGAACGCCAAGAAUCACAACCAUGCCUGCAUCGCCUGCCGGAUCAUCUUCCGUUCCGAUGAGCACCACCCCCCCAUCCUGCCCCCAAAGGCGGACUUGACCAUUGGCCUGCAUGGGGAGUGGGUGAGCCAGCGCUGCGAGGUACGCCCCGAAGUCUUGUUCCUCACCCGCCACUUCAUCUUCCACGACAACAACAACACGUGGGAGGGGCAUUACUACCACUACUCAGAUCCUGUGUGCAAGCAUCCCACCUUCACCAUCUACGCCCGGGGCCGCUACAGUCACGGCAUGCUCUCCUCCAGGGUCAUGGGCGGCACAGAGUUCGUGUUCAAAGUGAAUCACAUGAAGGUCACCCCCAUGGACACAGCCACUGCCUCGCUCCUCAACGUCUUCAACGGGAACGAGUGUGGGGCCGAGGGCUCCUGGCAGGUGGGCGUCCAGCAGGAUGUGACGCACACCAAUGGCUGUGUGGCCCUGGGCAUCAAGCUACCUCACACCGAAUAUGAGAUCUUCAAGAUGGAGCAGGAUGCCAGGGGCCGCUACCUGCUAUUCAAUGGCCAGAGGCCCAGCGAUGGUUCCAGCCCGGACAGACCCGAGAAGAGGGCCACGUCCUACCAGAUGCCUUUGGUCCAGUGCGCCUCAGCCUCGCCCAGGGCCGAGGACUCGUUAGAAGACAGUCGAGACGGCGCCCCGGGAAGGACGCCCCAGGCCUUGCUGCGUGCUGUCCUGUGGGGCCUUUUGACUCUACUACAUUGGGACAUCCUCAGAUAGAAGAUUUUUAGAAAAUGCUAUUUUUUUCUAAACCAAGAAUUCCUUACCAUUUACAGAUUUUUUUUUU